AUGAAUAGAUUGGAAAGUUCGUCGAAGAAAGACAAGGAUGAUGAAAAAGCGCGGAGCAACUGUACGAAAGCAAUGGAAUUGGACCUGGAUUACCUAGAGCGCGGUGGGGUUGGCAACAUGACGGUAGGCGGAGCACCCAGCGUGGAACCCAGUCCAGACAGUCUGGAUCUCGUCAAAGUGGUGUUCCUAGGCGCACCGGCAGUUGGCAAGACCAGUAUCAUUCAGCAAUUCGUCUGGAGCGACUUCUCGGACGAGUACCAUCCGACUGAUCGCAAACACACGUACUACCCGUCGGUGAUAAUCAAUGAACAUUUAUAUUCAAUUAAAAUCACAGACAUACCAGUUAUACCUUACUUUCCGAUCAAUUCCUACUACGAAUGGGCUCAUUACCGAUUUUAUGGUUUGCGAAACGCAACCGCUUAUAUCCUGGUAUUCGAUUUGUCAAAUGUAGAAACGUUCCAGUACAUUCGAACAUUGAGAGAUCAAAUGGUCGAGAGUAGGGAUAUGAGAAAUGUACCAGUUCUUGUGGUUGGUAACAAACAGGACCUCCUCUGCAGUACAACACCUUCGGCUGCGAGUGGCUUGCAGCAACUGGCGAUAGCGGAAAGUGCUUGCGGUGAUUCUAGGGAAAAGCGAAGAAACAUUGUAAAUCUCGUUCGUAAACAUUGGAAGUGUGGUUAUGUGGAGUGUUCAGCUAAAUUUAAUUGGCGUGUUAUAGCAUUAUUCAAGGAACUAAUGGAAAUGGUAGAUGCUCUUGAGUGGAGUGGAGGUGGUAAAAGUUCGGAACCACCUCCUGAUUCUUCAACUGGAGGUGGUUCAUCUAAUGAAAAUCGAUGCACUGUUGCUUAGCACUUUUGUUUGUUAAAAUUUGUGUUCAAAUUAUUGGGUUUCCAGAAACAUCAGAGGAACUGAGAAAAAAUAAUUGAAUGAUUGUUCUGAAGUAAAGUUUUAAAUUAUAAUUAAUAAUAUGCUUUGUAAAUAAUAGCUCAUGUUUUUUCGAAUUGUGUGAAAUACAAAUGUGUUGUAAUUUUAAGUUAUGGAUAUCAAAUAUGUGUUCUCAUAUGAAAGCAAUUCAUCACCUCAAUAACAUUAAUGUUUAAGUAUUAAGGUUACUUAGCAUUAAGUUAUCCGUAACGAUGCCAUUACGAAACGAAAUGAUUUCUAUUAGUGUUGAUUUUGUAUUCUGUUAUGGUUAAUGUUUAGGUCAGAAAUAUCAAGCAACUUUAGCAUACCUACAUACAUGUAUAUAUUAAUGUACUGGACUGUUUUUAUUAUGGUAAAAACCCAUAAAAUCUCUUGAAAAAUGAAUUAACUCAAAAUGAAUUAAAUCUAUAACUUAUUACCGUUA